AUGAUGCGCGUAGGCUCCUGGUUGUACGGCAAGAAGGCCAAUGCCUCCACGCAGUCGCUGGACUCGCUGGCCGAAUUAAAAGACUCGGCCACUUUCAUCCUCAAUGACGAUGUCGACGGCGCCGAGAAUGGCCUCGCAAAGGGCACAUCAACCUUCCACAAUUUGGGAAAAGGCGUGGUAGCAUUUGUGCGCGCGACUUUGGGAUUCGAGCAAGAGAUCAUGCGACAAGCGUCCGAGCGGCUUUAUGAGGCUGAGACGUCCGCCGCCAGCGAACAACACCGAGCGCAACAUAAUUCCCAUGCGCCCCAUGCUUUCCGAUCGGAGAUCUAUGCGCCGGGAACGGAAUAUGCACUAUGCCAGGCUAUUGCGCAACUGAUGAGCGCCGUGGUCGGGGUGCUCAACGAGAGCUUGACUGAAAGUAUCAAGGCUUUCUACCGCCUGCGCAAGGCGUACAUCGCAUUGGACGCCAUAUUGAAGAUGGAAGAGAAGUUCAUGGAGUUGAGAGACCCCAGUCGCGAGCUUCUGACCAGCUCAAGUGAUCUUUCAAAGAUCGGACCGAGCCGAUUGAACACCUCCAAUAUCUUCCAGAACGAGAUCGACGUCUUUGUGCACUCGGGCGCCAACUUCUGUUUCGGCAUCCUCCUCCUGCUCAUCUCCAUGGUUCCGCCCGCGUUUAGCAAACUGCUUUCAAUCAUUGGCUUCCGCGGUGACAAGCAACGGGGUCUACGCAUGCUCUGGCAAGCCAGUAAGUUUCACAACCUGAUCGGUGCCAUGGCUGCAUUGGCGCUAUUAGGCUACUACAACGGGUUUGUCCGUUAUUGUGAUAUCAUGCCCGAUCCGACUUCUGGCGAGGAUGACGUUGAGGGAUACCCGCAGGAGAGACUGGCUACGUUGUUGGCUGAGAUGCGGUCCCGAUUCCCCAAUUCUCGACUCUGGCUGGCAGAGGAAUCCCGGAUGAGGGGCGCCAAUAAGGAUUUGGAGGGUGCUUUGGAAAUACUCUCAUCCAGUAACAAGAGUCCGCUCAAGCAGGUUGAGGCUCUCUGCACGUUUGAGAAAAGUCUCAACGCCUUAUUCCUGCACAAAUACGACGUGUGCUGUGAUGCGUUCAUCGAGCCUGUCACGUCGCACUUUACCGCCGAUGCAUUGUCGCAGAUCCUAAAGCAAGCCGAAAAGCAUGCCGCGACCGCCGCCGAGUAUAUCCGCAAGGCCCCUUCACAUGCGGGCAAGAAGAAGUUUAUGGCGCGCCAACUGCCCUUUGACGUUUUCGUGACUCGCAAAAUCGCCAAGUGGGAAGCUCGUGCCAAGGCCUGGAAUGUUCCUCUGGUGAACGCGAUUGGCGUGGAUCCCGUCGAGGAGAUGAUCUUCUUCUGGAAUGGUCAUAGCCGUAUGACCGAAGCCCAGCUCGAGGAAUCCCUUUCUCGACUAGCAUGGUGCGAGAGCGAUGCUAACGCGACGUGGUCUCGCGAGGGACCUGAGGAGAAAGCCAUUCUUGAUCUCAUCCGAGCUGCUGUUCAUCGAUCUCUGCACAAUUAUGACAAGGCCAAGCAGAUUCUCAAGACUGGCGUGUUGAACCACGACAAGGCGGUCUUCAAGGGGAACCUCAAGGAUGAUUGGGUUCUCCCGGCUGCGCACUUUGAAAUGGCUGCCAAUCUCUGGAUGGAACGCCCGACCUACCAGGCUCUACAUGGGUUGUCUGAUCAAGCGUCCACGGACUCUGGCGAGAAGAAGCCGUUGAAUGAGAACGAGCAGGUUCGCGAGUGUAAAGAGUAUCUGGAACACGCUGCUCGGUGGGAAAGCUACGAACUGGAUGCUCGUAUUGGAUUGAAGGUCACAGCUGCGAUCGAGGCAGUGAACAAAUGGGAGAGCAUGCCCUGA